UGCGCAAACUCAACAUCAAUUCAUUUUCUCGAUUUCAAUUCAAUUCAGACCGCGACACAGUCGAGUUCUAAUCAGAAAACCUUUAAAAUUAACUCAAUCCGGAAAAUUAUCGAGAUGACUAUCAAGAGCAUCAAGGCCCGUCAAAUCUUCGAUUCCCGUGGCAAUCCAACGGUUGAAGUUGAUUUGGUAACUGAUUUGGGUUUGUUCCGCGCUGCUGUGCCCUCAGGCGCUUCAACCGGUAUCCAUGAAGCUUUGGAAUUGCGUGACGAAGACAAAGCUCAUUACCAUGGCAAGUCCGUAUUGAAGGCUGUUGAUCAUAUCAACAAGUCUUUGGGACCCGAAGUCAUCAAAUCGGGCAUUUGCGUCACGGAACAAGCGAAAAUCGACGAGUUGAUGAUCAAAUUGGAUGGCACUGAGAACAAGUCAAAGUUCGGAGCUAACGCCAUUUUGGGUAUUUCUCUUGCUGUGUGCAAAGCUGGCGCUGCUGCUCGUGGCAUGCCUUUGUACAAACACAUUGCCGACUUGGCUGGCAACACCAACAUCGUUUUGCCAUGCCCCGCAUUUAAUGUCAUCAACGGAGGUUCUCAUGCCGGCAAUAAACUCGCCAUGCAAGAAUUCAUGAUCUUGCCGACGGGCGCCUCGAGCUUCAGCGAAGCCAUGAAAAUGGGCAGCGAAGUGUACCAUCACUUGAAGAACGUCAUUAAGGCGAAAUUCGGUUUGGAUGCUACUGCUGUCGGCGAUGAAGGCGGUUUCGCUCCCAACAUUUUGGACAACAAGGAAGGUUUGCAAUUGAUUGUCGAUGCUAUCGCCAAGGCUGGAUACACGGGCAAGAUCGAAAUCGGUAUGGAUGUUGCUGCAUCUGAAUUCUUCAAAGAUGGUUUGUACGAUUUGGACUUCAAGAACCCCAAGAGCGACAAGGCAACUUGGUUGCAACCCGACAAAUUGGCUGAAUUGUACCAAUCGUUCAUCAAGGACUUCCCCAUUGUCAGUAUUGAGGAUCCCUUCGAUCAAGACGAUUGGGCUGCAUGGACCAAAAUGACAGCAGGAACCUCCAUUCAAAUUGUCGGCGAUGACUUGACUGUCACAAACCCCAAACGCAUUGCUACUGCUGUCGAGAAGAAGGCAUGCAACUGCUUGUUGUUGAAAGUCAACCAAAUCGGAUCCGUUACCGAAUCAAUUGCUGCCCACAAUUUGGCCAAGAAGAACGGAUGGGGCACCAUGGUUUCCCAUCGUUCCGGCGAAACUGAAGACACAUUCAUCGCUGACUUGGUUGUCGGUUUGAGCACGGGACAAAUCAAGACAGGCGCUCCUUGCCGAUCCGAACGUUUGGCCAAGUACAACCAAAUUUUGCGUAUCGAGGAAGAAUUGGGCGCAGGUGCUAAAUUCGCUGGCAAGAACUUCCGUCGCCCCGUUUAAAUUUCGUGUCGUGGAUCUCUACCUAUUUAAUAUCAUUACAGUAAAAAUAUUUUAUUCCUAGCUGAAGAUUUCAUGUUGAACACCUGAAAUAGCGAAAGAAAUGUUUAAAGAAGACGUUAAAUUAUAAAAAAAAAUAAAUGCUCUUGAUUGAUGAAUGUUGAUGAAAAAAAUU